GCUGAGAGUGACUUGCACUUUAUCGCAAUGCCUACUUCAUCUCGAAAAAUCGUUAUAAACAAAGGUUAUGUCGGAGACGAUUCUGCCACGAAUGAGUCGCUGGGACUAAAACAAAUUAGUUUAAAAGAGGCCAAUUUUGGAGCAGCAAGUGAUCCAGGGAGCGCACUUUACGAAACGCAUGAGGAGAAACCACACCCGGCAAGGCGAUCGAACGGGAGAUAUUUGCCCUUGUUCUUUUUUGCGUGUUUACUUUCCAUCGUCGCCAUUAUUCUGAGUUUGCUGUCGCUGUGGGGGAAUUUCGGUGAAAAAUGUGAUUGCUCCAAAACUGAAGCACUCACUACGUCCGUUGAAAAGCUGUCUGCUGAUGUAAUCAAGAUUAGUUCCUUGGAAGAGAACAUGACGCGCUUUCAGCGAGAUUUGAUAGAGAAAGAGGCCGAGUUAAACAGUACCCGUUUAUCCUUGGAUUACCUUCAAGAAGAACACAACAACUUAAGUGAAAAGACUGAUGCAGAACUUAGCUCUGUUCGAAACGAUUUGGACAAUUCAAAGAAAUUACUCAUGACGUCUGAAAAAGAAACAAGGAAAACACUAGCAGCAGUCAAUUCAUCCUUUGUUAAUGAGGUUUGAAGUUAUUACAUUAUAUUAGUGAUUGUAGAGAUUUUAGAAUUCGUCACGGAACAAGACUCCUGGAGGUGUUGACGCAGGAUGCAUUGGUCGUUAUUUGCAGUGAAUCUGGUUUUAGGUAGAAUAUGACAAAUCUAGUGGUGACUCUUCAAGAUUCAGGAAUAAAAUCAAAAAAUUAAGACAGGAAAAAAAAUAAACAACAUGAGAUAUUAUAUGCGGUCAUCCAUCCGAGUCAGAGUAACUCCAAGUCAAAAGGGCUUAACUUAACUGACAAAAAAAGCGCGUGGUUAAUUUCCAUUUCUGACUACACCGACACUCAACCAAAUUUGUAACGCAGUCUACCAUAGAAAGCCCACGUAAUAAUCAAAGCGACAAAGCAAGUAACACCCAAUCAGCUAAAUGAACGAACGAACGAGAUUUUCCUUACAUUUAAUCUUUCAUCUUUUUCUUUCAGGUAGAAAAGCUCGAUUCAUAUUUGAAUCAGCUCAAGUCUGCACUGAAUAGAACAAACACACACGUCACAGAGAUCAACGAAACUUUAAGAAAGGUUUGCCAUAUGAUGUGAAAGUAUAAUAGCGUAAAAAACAAAUGGAAAACGUCUAAAUGCUAUGAGGCUAUUGUUAAUGACUUUCAUGUAUAGAAAAGACUAAAAAUACAUGGUACUUUCCCCUUUUUCAAGUAUCC